CCGAACCCGAAGGUGCAGGUUUUUUUCUUCACCCCAUUUUUUAUUUGCCCAGAUUCGAAUCACGAAUCAAAGAGCAACGAUCCGUUGAUGCAUUUCAACCCACCAAACCAACAAUAACCAGAAGAAAGCCACAACAUGUCUGGCAAUUCUACCUCCAAUAAUUCAGCACUUUCAGGAACCGGAAAUGACGAGAAGCAGAGCUGGGCUGCGUCACCUUCCACUGUUUUCAACCACUUUGCAACAAGUGGACUUUCCGUUGCGGUUGCAACUGCAAUUACUCACCCUUUAGAUGUAUUGAAAGUAAGGCUACAAAUGCAACUUGUUGGCCAGAAAGGUCCUUUGAGUGGAAUGGGAAAAUUAUUUUUAAGUGCGGUGAAAAAUGAAGGACCAAAGUCUUUGUAUCAGGGUUUGACACCUGCACUAACAAGGUCAGUUGUUUAUGGAGGACUUCGCUUGGGCCUAUAUGAACCCUCUAAGUAUGCCUGUGAUUUUGCUUUUGGCUCGUCCAAUGUUUUAGUUAAAAUUGCUUCGGGAAUGUUUGCUGGUGCUAUUUCGACUGCGCUGACCAAUCCAAUGGAAGUUCUCAAGGUGCGUUUGCAAAUGAAUCCAGACACGAGAAAGAGUGGGCCAAUUUUAGAGCUUCGGAGGACUGUAUCUGAAGAGGGAAUCAAAGCUUUGUGGAAGGGGGUGGGUCCUGCCAUGGCCAGAGCAGCUGCCUUGACUGCAUCCCAACUGGCUACAUAUGAUGAAACCAAGCAGAUUUUAGUAAGAUGGACAUCUCUAGAAGAAGGAUUUCUUCUACAUCUGUUCUCAAGCAAUGUUGCUGGCAUACUGAGCACACUCGUAACUGCACCCAUAGAUAUGGUUAAAACACGUCUCAUGCUGCAACGAGAAGUCAAGGGAGUUAAAAUCUAUAAAGGCGGAUUUCAUUGUGCAUACCAGGUACUGCUUACAGAGGGUCCAAUGGGACUUUACAAAGGGGGCUUUGCAAUAUUUGCAAGGUUAGGACCACAAACCACAAUUACAUUUAUAUUAUGUGAGGAGCUAAGGAAACUUGCUGGAUUGAAGGCAAUAUAGUUGAUUGAAUCUCCACUGGUGGCUAGUGCCUACACCAACUAACCUUUAUGAUUCCUGAUAUGCUGAAGAACUAAUCCUUUUGCAUACAAAAUCCCUCCCAAGUUGGGGAAUUCUUUUUGGUAGUUAUUCUCAUUAUUUGCACCGUGAUUCAAGGUGCAUUCCCCUGUGAACCAGAUCAUUUUUUUUAACUUCCAAUUAUGCAAACAAUAUUUAUAGAUUCAUUACUCUAGCAUGCAGUUGUCAUGCUUUUUUUGCCCUUUUUUCCAAUUUACUGCACUGUGGUCCUGGCCAGUUAGAGAUCCAGGAUUGUUGUACUACCACCAUUGUAUUAACAAAAGGGUAUUGAUUGUUUUU